AUGGACACCACCCUGCAAAUGUUUACAAGAAUAUUCACGCGGAGGUUGGCUAAGCAUCAGUGCCUCCAGGAGUGGAAAUGGAAUCUAGGAGGACGCGCCAAGACCACCCUACGAUACAAGGCUAAAACGGACGCUCACGGUGGUCACGUAUUAGAUCAGGGCCUUGACACUUAUCAGACAUUCAGUGGACGUGAGAAAUGGUGGUCCACCGUCCGCGAUGUGAAAGUUAUAUCUGUGACGCUUGAUGUGCACUGCAUAGCACCAGGCGCCCGGGCGAGCUGGUUCAGCCCUAUGCGGCGCCGCCUCGUUCCUCUGUCAUAUGAGCUGCAAAGAGGACGAGGCUCGACGAGGCUGCACGCGCCUGCUACGCAUUUCUCCACUGCGUUCCAAGUCCUCUCCGACCUCCCCUCGCCGAGCACGAGCACUAUGGAACACCUCCUGUCGAGGAUCACGCCAUUACGUCCCAAAUCAGAAGGGAAUCCAUCAUUUCAAGAGUCAGUGGUAAGAUUGAAGGAUUCUGGGGAUUCAGAUAAAGGAAAUGGGGAACUCCAUAUUACCACAGGCACAGUGCAGUCGGCCAUGCGUCGGCCUCUUCCGCUAGAGGUCUGGUUGCUAGUUGUCGAUGAGCUCGGUGCAGAAUGCGAAUACGAUGCGCUGGAAGCGUGCGCAAAGGCCAGUGAAGGCUUGCUGAAGGAGAGAGCGGAGAGGUACAUUCCAAAGGAGAUGACAUUCAGGACGCAGGAGGAGAUUGCGAGCAUCAGUGUGAGGCAGCGCUGGGCGGGACCAACGAAAGUGCGCAUCGAGGGGGGAAGGCAGAGUGGAGAGCGGCUUCCGAUUCCACACCUGAUGACCUUUGCGUCGAGGCUGGCGGGAAAGUGGACCGACGUGAAGCACCUGACGAUCGAGAGAGCGGAGUGGCGGGCGCAGGAUCUCGAUCUGCGUUCCCUCUCGCUCGAUUUGGGACGCUGCAACAACAUCGGAAACCUCCACCUUUAUGAUGUUGCGUUCCCCUCGGUCCUGACGUUCUGGCGCCUCGUAUGCGCCAUCCCAGACCUCCCCAUGCUGUUUCUCCGUGACGUCAAGUUCGUGAAGACUGCCAUCGACUUGAAUGCGCGGACACUCUCAGCCUUCAGCGUACUAUGCGCUACCGACAUGGACGAUAUGCCGCGGCUCAAUUCACCCGGCGUCGCAGCGCACUCCGCUGAGCUGCUUCAGAUGAUUGUACCGCAAACCCUGUCAUCUAUUCAGGCACCUCCAUGGAGCAAGGUCGACAGUCUGGACUUGUGGGAUGUCACGCUUCCGACAGCUGCUGCCUUUGCACGCUUGCUCUGUGACCUUCCUGCCCUCAAUUGGCUCACCAUCAACGGGCCAUGCACGUUCUCGGAACAUGGCUUCAACCCCAGUGAUGUCCCUUUGCGCUCGGACAUGCUAUCGGGGUUGAGAGAUGUUUCCUUGGGCAAGGACUUCUCCCUAUUCUCUGAUCCCCAGUCUGUGCAUGACCUCGUCGACAUCCUCAUUCAAUCUGGUGCCUGUCGCGGCCUGUACAAAAUCACAGUUUGGCUGUCCCUUUCCUUGCGUGUAGCAACGAGCAUAGAUGUCUCCCUCAAUAGACUCGUCAAGCAGGCUGGUCAAUCACUAAGGAAUAUCUGUCUCGAAGUUCUCCCACAGGGCAACUUCCCGCUGUUCAACAAAGCAUCCACACAUGCAGCUCUGACCACAGCUUGUUGCUUUGAUGUCUCGGCGAAUACACGUCUCGACCACAUCGAAUGUUUUGACAAAACUCAUGAGGGCAGUUUAUCGAUUGCUCCUCUAGUGGAGCUCCUUCUUCAGGUUACAUCACCAAAUGUAGCUUUCAUUAAGUUGACCUUUAUAGUCGUAGACGAUGCAGACCUCGCAAACUCUCCCCCGCUCUUCAUUUACCAAGCUUAG